CUUUGCCUCACUAAUAAUUUGUGUUAAUCUUAUCUUAUUUCAUUUUGCUUUGCAGCUGUUAAGACUUGAUGAAAUGGCUGGAAGUAAUGCCACUGGUGUGACAGAAUUCAUUCUCUUGGGGUUUGCAGUCCAGAGAGAGGUAGAAAUCAUUCUCUUUCUGCUCAUUCUAGUGGUCUACAGUCUGACUUUAGUGGGAAAUGUAGGGAUGAUUUCACUAAUCAGGAUGGAUUCUAGACUUCACACUCCCAUGUACUUUUUCCUCAGUAAUCUGGCCUUUGUAGACCUUUGUUAUUCCUCUUCAGUAGCCCCCAAGUUCCUGGAGACUCUCCUCAGUAACAGAAGGUCUAUAUCUUUCUAUGCCUGUGCAACCCAACUCGGUUUUUUUCUGAACUUUUUGAUUUCAGAGAUGUUUCUCCUUGCAGUAAUGGCUUAUGACCGCUACGUGGCCAUUUGUAAUCCUCUUCUGUACAUGGUGGUCAUGUCCCAGAAGGUAUGUCUACGACUUGUAAUGGGCCCUUAUUUUUACAGCUUUGCUGUUGCUUUGCUCCACACAGUAGUUACUUUCAAACUGAUUUACUGUGGCCCCAAUAUAAUCAAUCACUUUUAUUGUGAUGAUGUCCCUUUGAUGGCUCUUGCCUGCUCAGACACCAGCCUCAAGGAGAUUUUAAUAUUCAUUUUUGCUGGAUUCAACAUGAUCAGUUCUUUGACCACUGUCCUGAUUUCUUACUUAUACAUUGUGGCUGCUAUCUUAAGAAUCCAGUCCACGGAAGGAAGGUGCAAAGCCUUUUCAACAUGUGCUUCCCAUCUGACAGCUGUGACUAUAUUCUAUGGGACACUCAUUUUCAUGUAUUUGCAGCCAAAAUCAAGCCACUCUCUCGACACAGACAAAAUGGCCUCAGUAUUCUACACGAUUGUCAUUCCCAUGCUCAAUCCUAUGAUCUAUAGCUUAAGGAACAAGGAGGUAAAGAAUGCUCUCAGGACAGCUCUUAAAAAAUGCUACUUGUUACCUCUAAUGCACCUCAAGAAAGGAAUUUCCUGACUUUAAAUCUUUGAAAUAAAUUCAUUUUUAUCAUACUUCUGAAGAGAAAAGUGCUUUCAUUCACAUGCUACAU